ACUUUCUUCCAACUGGUCUUGGUUUAACUCUUCAAGUGCCAAAAGUCAGCUUGUGGGGCAAGGAGGGCAGGUGUCAGGCUGAGCAUAGCACCUGAACUUGCGAGCUGGAGGGGAGGAAUUGACUGGAUGGCCCUAGAGGGGCUUCCCGUUUCUGUGCUUACAGCUGCCUGGGGCACCACCCUUCCUGAAUCAGAGCAAGGGGCUCUUCAUCCCAGCCAUGAAGAGGAGAGGAAUUUGUGGUGGCUGAGCAGCUGUGGCUCCUAGGACAAACACUCCAUGCUUCUGUUAAUCAUCUCUUCCUGUGCCAGUGUCUGUAAUAAACCAAGCUAAGAAUGAACCCUCCCUUCCUAUCUCGCUGUGUCCUGGCUCCUGGGAAAGGGUGGAUAUUCACUGAGCCAUUGCUGGUCUCAGCAGGCCAGCCGUGGCUCCAGGGAGCUGCCUCCAGCUGCAGGUGAGCUGUGGUGGUCGGUGCAGCCCAGUUAAAGAAUAUGUUCUAGGGUUCCUAUCCUGGGGGGUUAGCCCUGCUCUGAGCUCAGUGCCCGGGGGUGGGAGGAAGGGGCCCCAGAGGGGGUGUUGGGGCUAGGCUGCAAACUGUGGUCUGAAAGGUCUGCAUCAGGACUCCCUGGCUGGCACGGUGGGACGGCUGUUCUGGCAGCUCAGUGCUGAGAACCACCAGCAGGGGUGACAGGCCAGUGCUGCCUGUUCCUACAAGUCAGGUCCAAUACACUUGGAAGGCCCCAGUGCCCCCUGCUGCUCACAGGGGCUUAACAGCUGCUGGGAGGAAGCUUGCAUGGCCACAGCAUGUGUGUGUGUGUACUGUGAAGAAACUUACACUGCUGGAGAUGGCAGGGCAGCACUGAGGUUUCUACUGGACACUGCUGUAGGGAAGCUGAUGUUCCUCGGGUCCUGGCUGGGUACUGCUGUGAGAGGCUGGCAGCGGUGAGGUCCCUGUGGGGCACUGCUGUAAGGAAGCUUGCAGCACCAAGGUCCCUGCAGGACACUUGCAGCCCUGCUUGCUCAGGUUGCUGGAGUCCCAGCUGAGCUCUUGGGAUCUGCCCUGUGAUGUAAGGUGGCCAGACAGCAAGUGUGAAAAAUUGAGGUGGUGGUGAGGGGUGAUAGGAGCCUCUUUAAGACAACACCCCAAAUAUCAGGACUGUCCCUAUAAAAUCGGGACUUCUGGUCACGCCACUGUGCGGGGAAACUCCGCUGGGCCCAGACCUGUCGCAGUAACCCAGGUUGAGCUCUGAUUGGUUGUAAAGAAGCCUCAUUAAUAUUCUGAACGUUGUGUAACAAAUUCCGGCAGGAACCAUCCUGCAGAAGGGGCGGGGGGAGGAGGCUGUGCAGUUAAAACCGCUGCAGGUGUUUUCAGUACAAGGUUGCCCUGGCGGGAGCCUGAAACCGCUCUGAUCACGCUCAGCUGCACCAGGGGCAAAGGCCGGGCUGGCUCAGCUGAUGCCUUUCCCCACCUUUAUUUUCCCCGUCUCCCCUCGAUGGUGCCACAUGGUUGGGAGCAGGGCAAUUUCCUGUGGCUGGCCGGCCCGCGUGGCUGCGCCGGGGCUCCGUGUUGGGCCCUCGCUGGGGAGGAGGCGGGCACGAUGGCCCCCAAAGCGAGGAAGAGGAAGGCAAAGGAGCCUGAGGCAAAGGCUGUGAACUCCGAGGACCCGAAGGCGAAUGGCAGUGCCGAUACGCAGCCAAAGAGGUUACGGGGUGAGGGAAGUCAGGGCCCGGGCCCACGUGUGGUUAUUGAGCAUUGUAAGAGCUGACGAGUCUACGGGCGCAAUGCCGAUGCCGUGAGCCAGGCACUGCGCCGCACCGUCACCAACGUGGUGGUGGUGAUCAACCCCGAGACACCACGCAGGAACAGCUUUGAGGUAUCCCUGGUGAAGGAGGAUGGAAGAACGGUGGAGCUAUGGAGCGGCAUUAAGAAAGGACCACCUCGCAAGCUCAAGUUCCCUGAGCCACAGAAGGUGGCUGACAUGCUGAAGAGCAGCUUGGUCUGAAGCAGAGCUGCACAGAGCAGCUGGGUCUGGGACCCAUCCAUUCCUGGCGUGGUCCUGAGCAUCCAUGAUGAGGCAUGAUGAAGUGGGGGGAGCGGUCAAUGGCCAAACCUCAGUCAUGUCUCUGAUGCUGCAGCUCUUCCCACGGGGAGUGGUGGGCCAGAUGAUGCCACACUGUCCUUCGCUUCUGCUCUGUUCCCACGACCAUCCUCUGGCCUUCCUUACCAGAUGAUCUUUCACUGGUUUGGGGUUAGACUUUUUUGUAAUAAAGCUUCUAAAAAAAACUUAUUUGUAAGUGGC